AUGGCUGCAAACGAACUGCGACUCUCUGGCCUUGUACUUGCUGCCGCACUGGCUGCUCUUAUGCUCUCAGCCUGUGCGCCCAGGGUUGCUGUUGCCAUUCGCCUGCCAUCUGCUACCAGCAGCCAGUGCCCAGUGGGUUAUGUGAAGGACGCAGAAGGCAACUGCAUUGACUCGUGCACAGUACGCAACUGCGGCACCAACGCGAGGUGCCUCAAGAGCCAGGCGGGCUGGGCGGACUGCGUGUGCGACAGGGGCUUCAAGCUGCUGCCCGAUGCGUCCUGCGCCCAGCUGUGUACGGCCGAGGACUGUGGGGAGAACGGGUACUGUGAGGAGGACCAAGGAAUCUCCUCCUGUCAUUGCAACCCUGGCUUUGAAAAGACUGCGGACGGCUGUGUUGGCUCGAUAAUGGACUGCGGGGAGAACGCCUACUGUGAGAAGGAGGAGUCUCUCGCCGUCUGUCACUGCAACUGGGGCUACGCCAUGACCGAGGACGGCUGUGUUGCGUGCAUUGCAUCUGUACGUUCUCUCCUCUUUCCCCUCUGUUCUCGUUCUCUUACUCCACAAUGA